AUGAUUGAUUGGUUAGCUAUUCUCAUUGCUUUGGUAAUAAUUACAACAUUAGUUGGUUUCUUUGGUUAUUUGGCAUGGAAAAUUAAUAUAUCAAAUUCAUUAACAAUUGAUGAUAAUAAUCAAUUAUUGGAUUCAACAAAUGAUAAGAAGAAAAAAGAUAAAACAACUAUUGAACAUUCAAAGAAAAAACGUAAAGAUCAAAAAAAAUCUAAACGUGAAAAUAAAGAGGAUGAACAACAACGAAAUAAACAUAAAGAACCAAUAUUACAAACAAGUGAAGAAACUGAUGAUGAACGAGAUGAAAGUGAACAAGAACUAUUAAAAACAUCAUCACAAACUAUUGAAACAUCAUCUAAAGCUCGUAAACGUAAUAAAAAUAAAUCUGUUACACCAACACCAUCAAUUCCAUCAACAUCAACGACUCGUGUUGAAAGCAAAGUUAAAGAUGAAAAAACUCCAAAUACAACACGAGCACCACCAGUAACACAUCCGAAAUUAAAUGCUAAAGAUGAAGUUGAAUCAACGAAACAACAAUCGAAUAUUCAAGUUAAAUCAUCAGAAUCAACAAAAAAACAAAUAUUUCCUGUUUCUUCACAACCAAUAACUAAAAAACCAACACAACCAAUGCAAAAACAACCGGCAGAACAACCAUUUACAGUUGUUGGUGCUAAUCGACAUAAGACAGGAACACCACCACUACAACAACAACAACAACCAAAUAAAUUACAAGCCAAUCCUGUAUCAUCGACUGCUCCUUCUGUACAAUCAUCUACUUCAGCUCAAGUUCAACACGAUCAAUUAGCUCAACGUCAACAACUUCCUCAAAAAGAAAUACCAACUCAAUUCAAUGGUCUUCAAACAAAUGCAAUGCCUUUAAAACAACAGCAACAACAACAAAUACCAACAAAAAUUGCCGAUCUUAUUAAGGUUCUACCAUCAUCUCAAGUUGUUGUUACUGAAUUAAUGUCUGCACUUGAUGCAUUUCCUUUAUCAACUGAUGAAUUAGAUAUCAUUAUGCAUAAGAUUGCAAAUAAACAAUCUGUAAUCAGAAAAGAUUGGAAUAAAUUACAACAUGGUCAAAAAGUUGAUCCUCAAGCACAUAUUGGUCAAGUUCUAGAUGAAUCAGCUAAAGCUUUUGAAGAUGAAAUGAAAAAUAAUGCUAUGAAACGUGUAAAAGAAUUAACUGAUGAACUUAAUACUGAAAAAGUUCGUAAUAAUGUUUUAUUAAAAGAAAAAAGUGAAAAAGAACGAGAAAUUCAACAACUUCAUGCUCAAUUAGAUUCUGUUCAUCAUAAACAUGAAUCAAUAAAUGCACAUCCUCAACAACAACAUCAACAAAUUCAAAAACUUGAAUUACAAUUACAACGAGUAACAGAAGAAAAUAUUCAUUUAAAUCAUCAAUUAGCACAACAACAACAACUUGCAGCAUCGAAUUUAAUUCAUACAGGAGAUGCAUCAAAUUUAAAAAUACAAGUAUUAAGUGAUCAAAUUAAAAAAUUAUCAGUUGAUAAUGGUCAUUUGGAAAAAAAAGCUAAAAGCAAUGAAUUAUUAGCUAAAGAAGCACAAAAAGAAAAAGAAGAUUUAAUUCGCUAUAAUGAACAAUUAACUCAAUCACUUCACAAUGCUGAAAAAGAUUUAAAACAUAUUGAAGAAAAACAUCAUAAAAAAUUUAAUGAAACUCAAACAUUACAUAUAAAUGAAAUCAAUGAAUGUAAACGUCGUAUUGAACAACUUGAAAAGGAGAAUGAACAAUUACGACGUGAAGAAAUUGUUCAUGUUGAACCAACAGCAGUAACAGAUAUUCAAACAAUAACAAUCAAUAAUGAAGAACGUGAACAAUUAGAAAAAGAAAUUCAACAAUUAAAACAAAGUUUAGAUUUAAAUCAAGAAAAAGAACGAGAAUAUAAUGAUUUAAAACAAAAAUUAACAGAAGAAAUUGAAGAAUAUAAAAAGAAAAUUGAUGAUUUACAAACUCAACAUCAAUUUCAAGAGAAUGAAUUACGACAAGAAAUUGAACGACUUAAACAAGAUAAAACUCAGGAACAACAACAAGCUUCUGAAUCCCUUAGUAAUGAGCUUGCUACUACAAAUACUGAAAUUAGUACAUUACGAGCUGAACUUGAUGCUAAAAAUGCUGAAAUAAGUACUUUACAAACUGAACUUGAUCAAGUCAAAUCAACAAUUUCACAAUUAGAAGAACGUCUUCAUCAAGAACAUGAAAAACAACGACAAAUUUUAACUGACCUUCUACCAUCAGAUAUACGAAAUCAAUUAUCUCAUGAUAAUCAAGAUUUCAAUCAAUGGCUAUCAUCAUAUCGACAACUAUUUGAAUCAAGUAUCGAAUCAAGCAAGAAAAUUUUACAAGAAGAAUCUGCAGCAGUUAAACUUGAAAAUGAUCAACUUCAUAAAAAUAUGAAUGAUAUUGAAAGUCAAUUAAGAGAAAUUGAAAAAACUGUGCAAUAUAAAGAAGAAACAUUACUUACUGAAUUAAAAAGUAAAGAUGCUACACUUGAAAAUAUUCGUAAUGAGAAUGAGCAAUUGAAUGAUGAACUUCAACGUCUUCGGAAUGAAAUUCAACGUUUACAAUCAGCACAUGAUGCAACAAUCAGUGAAGUUUCUGCAUUAAAACUUCAACUGGAUGAUCGAUUUCUUGUUGCUGCUCAUCCUUCACCUGUUGAUGUUGAUCAAUCAUUUGAACUUGUUAAGCAUCCAUCAUCAGUAUUAUCUUCAUUGGUAAUUGAUGUUCGUGCUGAACAAUUGAAUGAAUUAAUUCGAUCAGGCAAAGAAGCACUUGAACAUCAAGAUUCACUAACUCAACAACUUGAUAAACAUUUGAAUGAUCUACAUCGUAGUGGAACCGGAGAGACAUCAACAUCAAGUGCUGACGAAUCAACAGUGUUGUCUUCAUCCGAUCAACAGUCUUGA